CUCAGGCUCCGAGACUCCGAGCUCCGAUUGCUCCGAACAGGUCCCUCGACUCCUCGACUCCCUCGUCCCUCGUAGCUCGUAGAUCUGAAUGGCGGCGGUGGGCAGCAGUCGGCUCGAUCUUCCGUCUGUGCUCUCGUGCGACGUUUUACCUUUCGGCUGAAGCGAGAGAAAAAACCAGGGAGAACGAGAAAUGGAGAGCUUACUGUUAAAUCUGCUCGUGUCCGACAGUGCUACGAUACAGGAGGCAACCAAGGAGCUUAAGAGGGUACUCCAGACUCCAGAGAGCGUGCCAGUUUUGUGCCAACUUAUCGUGACAUCGGCGAGCCCGGAGGUACGGCAGUAUGCAACUCUCAUUCUUAGGAGACGUUACACUAAAGGAAAGUACUGGACAAAAUUGUCCAUACCUAUACGAACCGAAUUUAAGAAAAUUCUAUUACAGGCCCUAGAACAUGAAUCGGAAAACUUCGUUAGAAAUAAUAUAGCUCAAUUAAUAGGUGUCAUUGUUAAACAUGAAUUACCUACAAACAGCUGGCCAGAGAUUAUACAUUACGUGCAACGGUUAAUCACUAAUGAAAGAUUGGAGGAUAAAGAACUAGGCCUUUACACUUUAUCAAUUAUGACAGACGUUACUCCGGAUGCCUAUACCUCGCAUGCCAGAUCUCUGGUGAUGCUGCUCGCUCAAACGUUGAGCAGUCUUCAGAGCUUAGGGAACCCUGCCGCUUUUUACAUUUUGAACACAUUGCGACAUCUCAUUCCUGUAGCUAAACACGACGAAACGACAGUGCAUACUUACGCUACAAUGAUGCCGCUCAUAAUGGCCACGGUUCAGGCUUUAACUGAAAUCGAUCACGACACCUUUGCCAUCCAAAGUUUCGACUUGUUGGACGAAUUGUGCGAGAAUAUGAUUGUUGUAAUAACGCCCCACGUGAAACCUCUUGUCCACAUGUGCCUUACGAUCAUCGCUAAUAAACGUAUAGACGAAGUCUUGAAAGUUAGAGUGAUCAGUUUUAUCGGCUGGUUGGCGAGAUUGAAGAAAAAGGCUCUUGUAAAGCAUAAAUUAGUGGAGCCUAUUGUCGACAUGUUAUUCGCAGUCAUGAUGAGCAAGCCGGACGACGACGAUGAUUAUUCAAAUACGGAUAACGAAAAUACUGUUUUAACGAGCGCUACUCAAACUUUGGACUUGCUCGCGAUGCAUUUACCGCCGGAGAAAUUAAUUCCACAUUUGUUGCGACAUAUCGAACCUGGACUCCGACAUACAGACGAUUACGUUAAGAAGACAUCGUACGUGGCUAUAGCAGUGUUAGCGGAAGGUUGCGCGGAAUACAUUCGCUCCAACUACCUGGAAUUUUUUCUGCGAUGUAUCUGCGAAGGAAUCUCCUAUCCCUCGCCCGUCGUGCGCAACGCCGCCCUUUACGCCUUAGGGCAAUACUCCGAGCAUCUGCAACCGGAGAUCUCGCAGUAUUCGUCCGAGUUGCUGCCCGUAUUGUUUGAAUAUCUCGGCCAGGUGUGCACGUACAUUAAGCAAGAGAAGAAAGAACCGCACGCGGUCGGCCGUAUGUUCUACGCUCUCGAGAUGUUCUGCGAGAACUUGCACGAGAGGAUCCUGCCGUACUUGCCCAAACUGAUGGAAAGGUUAUUCGAUAUCCUGAACGCGGAUACGUCGCCGCACGUGAAGGAACUCACUCUGAGCGCAAUAGGGGCCGCCGCCUGUGCCAGCAAGGAGCAUAUGCUACCGUACUUUGAAACAAUCAUAAACAUUCUUAACAACUAUCUCACUACCGAGCCGAGCGAGGAAAACAUGUGUCUUCAAGUUCAAGCAGUCGAUACUCUCGGAGUGAUAGCUAGAUCAAUAGGCGAGAAACACUUCGCUCCUUUGGCAGCCACGUCACUUGAUCUCGGAAUAAAACUAUUGAGAAAUACGAUCGAUCCAGACUUGCGAAAAUCUCUCUACGGAUUGUUCGCCGCUAUCAGCACGGUAAUGAAGAAGGAGAUGGCUGUAACCUUGCCCGAAAUUGUCAAGCACAUGAUAAUGAGUAUACAGAGUGCAGAUGGGAUUUUGAUGCACUUUAAGGACGACGAAGCUAACGCUCUUACGGUUUACGAUGAUCUUAGCGACACCGAGAAUGAAGAGGAAGAAGACAUUGAGUGCACUGAUAACGAGGAUGAUAAUGACGAAGAGAUUGACGGUUACAGUGUUGAAAACGCUUAUAUGGAAGAGAAAGAAGAAAGUGUAAUGGCGCUGAAAGAAAUUGCCGAAUACACAGAAGAGGCGUUUAUGCCGUACCUCGAGAAAUCCUUCGAGGAGAUUUUUAAGUUGAUCAAUUAUCCUCAAGAAGAUAUACGGAAAGCGAGUAUAGAGGCUCUGUUACAGUUCUGUAUUAAUUUCUCGAAAAUCAAUACCGAUGAAGGUAAAGAGGCACUGUUGAAAGCUCUCUCCAUGUUUAUUCCGAAAUUGUCGGAGCUAAUAAGAUUAGAUGAAGAGCCGACAGUCGCCAUUUGUGGUUUGGAGGCGUACCAGGAACUUUUAAGGGAAGUUAAAUCGGAUGUUAUCGUCGGUACAGGUCACAAAGAAGCUAUAGUAAAUUGUGUGAUGGAUGUAAUGAAAGGCAAAACAGCGUGUCAGGAUCAGGAGGAAGUUGAAGGCAUCGAUACUGAAGCUGAACAAGAUGAGUUGCUGAUAGAAUGCGCGGGGACUGUAUUUUCUAGUUUGGGACGAGUGCUCUCAGCAGAAGAUUUUGCGCACUACUUUCAGACCAUGUUGCCUUUCUUUAUAAAAAGACUGAAAAUGGACAAUUCGGAGGGACAAAGGUCCUUCGCUGUUGGAACGAUAGCUGAAUGUUUGCCCGGGCUUAAACACAUGACGGGUAUGUUUGUUACGCAAUUACUUCCGGCUUUUCUACAAACUGGGAACCAAGACCCUUGCAGCGAAGUUCGUAGCAAUUGCUUCUUCGGAAUCGGAGAACUUGCUUUCUAUGGGAAAGAAGUAGUUUAUCCACAUUAUCCUAAUAUUCUCCAAACUUUAUCGUGUGCCAUUGCAAAAGAGACAGAUGCAGCUGCACGUGAUAACGUGGUUGGGGCAAUUGCGCGACUUAUUAUCACGAAUUAUUCGAAUUUGCCACUUGAACAAGUAUUUCCAGUCUUUGUUGAGCAGUUACCAUUGAAAGCAGACUUCCAGGAACAUAAAGCCGUGUUCAAAAGUAUUCUUACAUUAUAUCAAGCAGGAGUCACUCUCCUGCAGUCUUACAUUCAUACGUUAUUGAAAGUCGCAGUUAUCAUAUUACACGAAGAAAAGACUGUCGACGUCGAAACGCAAAAUCUCGUCAUGGAAUUUAUCAAGUCUGCUCAGCGAGAUUUUGUGAACGAUUGGAAUGCACUUUUUUCCGAGCUGCCUCCAGAAGUUGUCACAAAUAUUCAACGUAUAUUUUCCUAAUGUAAACGAUUAGUCACGCAUGGCACUUGAUCGUUUUUGAACAUUCAAAAUGUUUAUUGAUUUGCACGUUGAUCCGCAGGAAACGGUUCUUUUCAGGCAUAUUUUCAAAUAUUUUUUCAAAGUAGAUUUUCUGCCGUCUUUUCUUCUUCGCAAUUCGAAUCCUAUUGCGAGAUAACAUUGAGCAAACAAGACACGAGGCGAGAGAAUGUCUGCAGUCGAUUAAAUAUAUAUUUCCAUCAGCUUUAUAGACAAAUACUCAUCGGUUUUUUUUUACUUUUCGCUUAUUCGCCAUUUUUAUUCGUUACUUACAAUAUCAUUUAAUAAGCGAAUAAUUUAUAUUAUCUUACAAUUAAAUGAGCAAUUCGUUAUCUUUAUGACGUAUGCGUCAAGACAAUUCUUCCUCUACUCUCCUAAUAUGAAUAGAUAGUCUGUAAACGUUGUAUAGUAAAGCGAGAAAGGAGAGAAAAGUCUAGGGAGCGAAGAUUCUAGAAUAUCUGAUUUACGGAAUGAUUUAGAGAAUCUCGCGAUUCCCUAUCGCGUCGAUAGAUUUCUUUUAGACUUGCGCUUUCACGGAAUUAUUGAGUCUGUGUAGAUUUAUAAAUUCUUUAGCGUCCAGUGAGCGUACAAGUAAAAGAUCUGGUUGACAUACAGAAGCGGUAUAAACGCUAACGAGAAAGCGGGCGAACCUCUGUUUCUGGCAUAGGAGUCGGUGUUAUUGUUACCGAUGAACAGAAGGUAGCUCGUCUUCUUUCUUUCUGACUGCAACCAAAAACGUACAGUCUAGCGUACCUUAGCGUACUGAAAAUAAAUGUAUUAUGUGAUUAAUAAAGGUGUCGUACGUGCUCUUUUUUUUAUAAA